ACGCAAAUUUUUCUAAUUUCUGUUUUCUUGAAAAUGUCCCUUUAAUUUUUUGAUUAUUUACAAUUUGUGAUCUUUUGUUCAAAUUUUCGACGUCUUUCCUCAUAAUAAUUUUUACAAAAAUUAUUUACCGGAGCAAGUAUUCUGCUUAAUCAUAAAAUGUUUAAGAAAACGUACAAAGUCAAAACUAGCACUACAGUCAAAGCUUCUGAAAGGAAGCGUCUUCGUAAUUUUGCGGAAACUUCAUUUCCAGAUCUAUCUCAAAAUGACAUUAAUUCUCUGAUUCCAAACAAAAUUGAAAUGAAUCAAGUAAAAGCAAUGACUCAUUCAGGUUCUGUUGCCAUGAUAUAUUGUUGUGGGCAAAAUCCCAUAUUUUUUCAAGUUGAAGAUAUUUGUUACCCUACUGUUUAUACUUUAUGGAAAUUUCCCAAUUUGUUACCUAUAGUUACUACAAUACCACCAGUACUUGAAAAAAUAACAAAUGGUGCAGAUCUGAUGGCUCCUGGUGUUGUAACUGAUGAUUAUAUAGUAAAAGAUAUGAAUAACUUAAAACCAAAUGAUAUUUGUGCUGUCAGAAUAAUAGGGAAUAAAGCUGCUGUAGCUGUAGGAAAAGCACUUAUGUCAAAAGAUGAGCUUUGUCAAGAAGGUGUUAAAGGAAAGGCUGUUUCUAUAAUACAUUGUUAUAAAGACAAUUUGUGGCUGUCAGGUGAGCAAAUAGAUCUGCCAAUCUUGCCAGAAGAAGAAUCUAUGGAGUUGCCUGAAAUUUUAGAGAAUGUUAAUCUUUCUGAUACUACUGCAUCAGAAGAUGCCCCAAAUGAGGUUUCUGACUCCCUACCAGAAUCUGACAAUCAUGCUGCAGUAAAUGACCUUGCUGAUGAUGAAGUAUCUAAAGAGAAUGAAAUUCUUCCAAAUUACACUAUGGAUGAAAUUUUGCAUCAUUCUUUUUUCACUACAUUAAAAGUUACUGGGAAAAAGAUAACACUGCCUAUACUAACAAGUACAUUUUACAGCUCUCAUGUUUUAAAAUCUUGUCCACCUGAUCUAAAUCUUGAUAUUAAAAAGACAACAUACAAGAAACUUUCUGUGUUUCUGAAGAAAAUGCAGAAAGAAGGUUUGGUUCUGAUUAAGGAACUGAGCAAAGGAGUUGAAAGUAUUGUGUCAAUUAAUUUAGAAAAUCAGAGUAUAAAAUCUUAUUCAAUAGAGCCUUCAUUUAAAUUACACUUAAAUUCAGAAAAGGAAAAGACCGUCGAAGAAGUGCCUUCAUCUAACAUUCAAGGAAAUUAUAAAUUCCCUCUUGUAACAGAACUUUAUGUGAUAUCUGCACAAGUAAAGGUCUUAUUUGAAAAAUAUAAUCUAAGGAAAGGAGAUACUAUACCAGUAACAACAGUCAGAGAGGUAUUAAAGCGUUAUGCAAAAGAAAAUUCCCUUCAAAAUGAAAACAAUCCCAGGGAAGUUAUUCUCGAUCCUAUUUUAUCAGACUGUGUUGCUAAAAGAGGUGAAUGUGUAAAUACAAUGACUUGGGAACAAUUGCAAGAAGUAAUAGUUUCUAAAAUGCCUCAUGCAUACCAAAUAGAAUUUGAAAAUAAAGAUCCUAUUGUGAAGAAAGGAAAAUUAGAACCAAUCAAUGUAGCUGUUGAUACUAGAACUGGAAACAAGAAGGUGACAUUAAUUACUAAUUUAGAAACAUAUGGUAUUAAUCCUGAGAAACUUGCACAGCAUGUCCAAGUUGCAGUUGCGGCCAGCACAUCUAUUACUUCAACUCAGAGUGGAAAAGGAACCCUUGUUCUUAUUCAAGGGAAUCAAGUACGAUAUCUACAAAAAUUAUUUUUAGAAAUUUAUAAAGUACCCAGAAAAUACUUACAAGGAUUAGAAAAUUUGCCGAAUAAAAGGAAAUGAUUUUAUUAUAUUAAUGUUGCAUUUUGCUUAUUAUUAACUUGAAUUACUUGUUGCAGAUUCAAAUGUUAUAAAAAAAAUGUAAAUAAA